AAACUAAUGUUUGUUUGGUUUUUUUCGGGAAACGGCAGCGAUAGGGCACAAACGUCAGGUUUAUAUAAGCUAUUAGGAAAUUCGCAUCGCUUCUCUCUCAUAUUUACGAUAGUGGUUAAUGUGGUAUUCUGUGGUGGGUUGAAGCUUAGUCUCCAGUUUUCUCUUUGCGCACUCUUACAGUCGGUAACCCCACAGUUCCGACAGAGCUCUCAUGGCUGCCAGAAGAGUCGUGGUCUUCCCCUCCUCAGCGGAGCUUGGCCCAGCGUUGGCCCAUCUGGUGACAUCGCGGGCUGAGAAGGCCAUCGCCUCUCAUGGCAGAUUCACCCUGGGUCUGUCUGGAGGAAGCCUCGUGUCCAUGCUCAGCAAAGAGCUGCUCGCACUACCACAGCUGGACUGUAGCAAGUGGGUGGUCGGUUUCUGUGAUGAGAGAUUGGUUUCGUUUGAUGAUCCUGAGAGCACCUAUGGGCUGUAUAAGAGUCAGUUGUUUUCCAGAGUCAACAUCCCAGAUAGUGGGAUCUUAACCAUCAACUCCUCUCUGCCAGUAAACGAGUGUGCUGAAGAUUAUACCUGCAAACUGAAGGAGGCCUUCCCAGAUGAUGACAUCCCCGUGUUUGACCUGUUGCUGCUGGGUAUGGGGCCUGAUGGACACACCUGUUCCCUCUUCCCAGACCACCCUCUGCUGAAGGAAACAAAGAAGACUGUGGCCCCUAUCAGCGACUCUCCCAAACCACCAGCACAGCGUGUAACUAUGACGUUACCAGUGGUGAACGCUGCACGCUGUGUGGCUUUUGUAUCAACAGGAGGAAGCAAAGCAGCCAUUUUGAAGGAAGUGCUGGAGGGAAGAGAGGGUCCAGCAUUCCCUGCAGCUCGUGUUGUCCCAGCCACUGGCGAGCUGUUGUGGCUUUUUUGUUGACCCCCCCCCGCGCCUUAACUAUCCAGGUAGAGAGGCUAGGCCCGGGGGCCAAACUGUAGAACUUUUCAUCUGGUAAAUGGAGUCAAGAGGUCAGCACUGUUGUUAAUACUUGAAGAAAUGGGAAGAUAGUGCAGAACAUUCCUACUUUCUCUUGAAAGAUAACAAGAUAGGAAAUAGGGACUGAACAAAAAACUGAGGAUACUGUUGUAAUUUCCAUCAUAGGAUUGAGCACUUAUGAUGUGUGUAUGCAUCAGAGGUUUAGCUUUAUUCAAGUAAAGUUUAAAGAAGUCCCUCUCCACAGUAUGUUUUGCUUUGUGUUACUUAAGUUGGAUGUUUGAUCUCCACAGCAGAGUUUAGAAGCCAGUGUAGUCUGUGCAACAUGCAUAGGUGUGAUGUUGAAAAUGUGAAGCAUGCAGAGGAUGGACAUCGUUAAUACUAAAUAAAAAGUUGUGUUUCUGACAAACCAUAGACUAUAAAGGCUAUAAAAUAAAAAUAUUCAGAGCACAGUU